ACGAAGAUUCGAAGGUGCGGGCUUGUGUGCUCCACAGUCCACAGCUAACUUGUAUGGCCCAUAAGAUACCAUUUCCCAUUUGCAUCCCACAGCCAAAGAAAAGCCACUCUCCCUCCACUCGUCUCAUCUUCAUUGCUUGGCAGCCAGACAUACCGAUACCAAAACCAAAUCUAUCUCAUCCCUUCGCCUUAUCCAAAUCCGCUCCCCAAAUUACAAAAAUCAAUCCCCUCUCUUCCUCCUCCAACCCCAUAACUCUUCAUACAGGUAAAGGAAAAGCUCCAAACUUUCCCUCAUUUUACUCCCUUCCCUAACCCAUCAUCAUAACCAUUACUGCUCCCUUAUUCAUCUCCUUGCAGGGUCUUAAACAUGGCGUCGGCAGCAGCAGCAACUGUAACUGGCGCGGUGGUGACAAUCGGAAACUCCAACACCACCCAACAGAAGAGAACCACCGCCAAGAUGGUCUCCAUUGGAGGGCUCAAUUCCUUCGGAGGGUUGAAGGCUCACAACAGCGUGGCCGCUCUCGGCCAGUCCGUUUGCGCCGAUCAGGGCUUUGCCAAGAUUGUGAGCUCCAUGAGGAAAAGUGGCGGCGGCGGCGGUGGUGCCAUGUCUUCUAAGUGCAGCAGAGUUGGGGAGAUCUUCCAGAUUGCUGCAAUUAUGAAUGCUCUCACCUUGGUUGGAGUCGCUAUGGGGUUCGUGCUUCUUCGAAUCGAAGCUGCCGUCGAGGAAUCGGAAUGAAAGCCUCCCGGAGUUUUUGGAACUCCAUUGAUGUUGUCUUCUUUUGUUAGUGUCAUUUAUAAAGUGAAAUUUUAAAUAUUUUUUUUUUGGGUGUACAAUGAAGAACAUUUCUGGUUUAUGGUUAAUAAGAACCAACUAUGAUU